GAGGUCAGGCUACGUCAGCUAGCAGUACGGGUCGUAUCUUCCCAAUAAUGAUCCUUGGUCGGGCCAGACCAGAUCAAGUAGUACCAUUUUUGACUUUUGUCUAAGCAUCAUUACCUUUUGCCAGAUCAGCAAAUCCAAAUCACAAAGUGAAAGCUAGUGACCACAUACUGAAUAAUUUAUCUUAUUUUUGGCUUGCUCAUCGUCUAAAUAUCAUGGUCAGGUCUGGUCACGUCAAAUACUAGGGGUACAAAGUUCUUCCUAACAUGGUUUUUUYCCCCAUUCCUUUUUUAUCAAAAUUUCCCCAGUAUUGAAGAAUAUUUACACUGUUGCCCGAUCAGCAAAUUUAAAUCAAAAGCUAAUGUAAAUCACCUGACAAAAAAAUAAAAAUUAUGGCAGCGCUGAUAGCAUAUCGAUGAUGUCACCUACAAUAUGCAAAAAAGGAUCUUUGUUUUUGUCCAUUGUGCCGUAAAUCCUGAGAAUAGGCAAGUUCACAUGUCUGGAGGUAUAAAUCCACCAGUUGGGGAUUAAGCUUAACGUUAACUAAUGAACAAAACAGGCUAGCUGGACGUCGAGGAAUUUAUACCAUGACCUCAUCGACUCUCGUCCAAGCCCUACCGGGGAAUCCCCAGUCCCCUUAUGAUAUCAUUCACGAAAAUAGAAAUGAUGUCAUGUCAUUGGCCACCAGUACUUGCGGUGUCCUGUCGCUAGAGAGGAUGCUGAAGUUCAGACGAAGGCCAGGACAAAGCCGGUCCACUGAAAACCUUGCUGAAGACAGAGAUUUUUUCUGCUUUGGUGGUGAUCGUGGUCCAGAAACACUGGGAAACGACUUCGUAAAUAAAAGUGAUGUGUGGCCUACAACACCGGCAAGAAAACAUGCAACUAUAAUCAAUAUUGUUGCUAUAUUCCAAAGGGGUAGCCGAAUGACCAUAAAAGAUGGGUGAAUGAAAGGAAGAAAGGAAAAUCGGGACAGGAUAGAAUUCAAAAGUUGUCUAAAUUGUAUCAGGCUACUUGGACAAAGACAGAAUAUUUUUGCCAAAAUUAGCAAUAAGCUCGCACGAAGCAACCAGGCGAAUCACUUGCGAACAACUUGAUUGACAUUUGAGUAACAUUACAAUAUCAAAUAAAGUUAAAAAAUCGAUUCCGGAAAUGUGGUAAUCAGUAGAAAUAAAAACGAGAAAGGAA